CACCAGAGCGGUUGUUCUUAUACGGACCAUAAUAAAGAAUAAAAUAUGGGCAAGAAACAUAAAAAGCAUAAGUCAGAGAAACACACAUAUGAAGAAUACGCGGAGAAGCCGCUGAAACUAGUCUUGAAAGUCGCAGGAAACGAGGUGACAGAACUCUCCACAGGGAGCUCUAGUCACGAAAACAUCUACGACGACAAGAGUGAUUACGAGAAACACAAGGACAAGAAAAAGAAGAAGAAAAAGAAGGGAGAGAAGGAGAGAAGUAGUCCGGUCCCAUCGGGAGAUGACAGAAAAAAGAAAAAGAUGAGUAAAAAAAGGAAGGGCCAGGACUCCAUGGACACAGAUUGGGAUGAGAGGGAACAGUGUCACACCCCGGCUCGAUCAGAUUUACCCCAGGACAAGCACCUCACUCCGUCCAUAGCCAAGAUGGAAGAGAAAGAACAAACUCCCCUGCAGGAGGCUUUGACCCAGCUCAUAAGGCAGCUUCAGAGGAAGGACCCCAGUGCUUUCUUCUCCUUUCCUGUUACGGACUUCAUUGCUCCAGGCUACUCCAUGAUAAUCAAGAGGCCCAUGGACUUCAGUACAAUGAAGGAGAAAGUAAAGAAAGAGUACUACCAGUCACUGGAAGAACUGAAGGUGGAUUUUAAAACCAUGUGUGAGAAUGCAAUGAUAUACAACAAACCUGAGACAAUUUACUACAAAGCUGCAAAGAAGCUUCUCCAUUCGGGCAUGAAGAUCCUGAGCCCAGAGAGGUUACAGAGCCUGAAACAAAGCAUUGAAUUCAUGGCUGACCUGGAGAGCACCACCAAGGAGCAGGGGGAGGCUGAGAAGGAGGGAAGUUCCAGUCUGGAACAAUCCAACGAAAGCCCGCUGCCCAUGGACACCAGUGAGACAACACAGUCACCCAGGAGAAUAAGCAAGGACACACCCAGGCAGGACAGGGACUCUAAGGAGGAGGCACAGAGAACUGUCAGUCAGGCGGAGAAGGAGCUGGAGCAGAUUAAGAAAAUCAUAGAGGAAUCCGGAGGGAAGCUCUCCAAUAGGGAGUUCCAGAGUGAGCUGGAAUUCGAGCGUCGGAAGUCUGAUGGUACGACCACCCUGGGGAUCCUGAACCCAGCAGAGCUGACAGCAGGAGACGCUGGGUACUGCCCCGUGAAGCUGGGCAUGAUGAUGGGCAGGCUGCAGACUGGCAUCAACACGCUGCAGGGCUUCAAAGAGGACAAGAGGAACAAAGUGACGCCGGUGUCUUAUAUGAACUAUGGACCAUUCAGCUCCUAUGCGCCUGUUUAUGACUCCAGCUUUGCCAACAUCAGUAAAGAAGAUUCAGACUUGAUCUACUCAUAUUAUGGGGAUGAAUCUAGCCUUCAGGGUUCAGACAGUAUCUCGGAGUUUCUCUCUAAAGCUGAUGAGAACAUAGACAAAAUGGCGGACAACAUUUUGGAUGCACUGAGCAAUGGAGAGCAUUCACGGGCACUGAAGGAAAUGCAAACGGCUGAGACUAAUCAGGAUGACGAGGAGCCAGUGGAGGGAUUGGAGCCGGUGUACGACGUGGAGAGGGUGGAGCCCGAGUCCAACAGCAAGAACAGUCUGACCUCUCUGAGCUCUGUGAUUGGCCUGGGGUUGGAAUUGGAGCCACCCACCUUACUCUCAGAAGAGGCCAAGCAGUUCCAGCAAAAGCUGGAUGAGACCACGCUGCUACUGAGGGAACUGCAGGAGGUCCAGAACGAGCGUCUGAGCACUAAGCCGCCACCCAACAUCAUCUGCCUGCUGGCGCCCAGUGCCAGGGAGCUGCAGCUGGCUGAAAGGGUAACUGGAAACCUGAGCCAACUGGCCAGUCAGGUGAACCCAGGUGACAUUAGCAGUGUGUACGGAAUCCGGAAGGCCAUGGGAAUCUCGCUGCCUGUGGGGCUGCUGGAGGAGAGUGUUGUUGACCUGACCACAGGAACAGAAACUCUGGAGCCCGUUGACACUUUGCCCGGGAAUCAGGAGGAGGUCUCGGUCAUAGCAGUGUAACUCUCUUUACAGCUUUACUGGGACUCAAACCACAGAUGCUUAAAAUGUUGUACAGAAGGUGCUUUUUUGAUUGAAGUUUGUAUGUGUUUUACACAAUAAACCUCUUUUGUAAUAUCCACUGUAUU